AUGUUAAUCUCAUGGAACAUUAGGGGGCUAAAUAAAACUGGGAAAAUAAGAGAGAUAAGCUCCCAUCUCCUUAAAUUCCAGGCUGAGAUUAUCAUUCUUAUUGAGACUAGAGUCAAAAAGAAGAACUGUAAGACUGUUAGAGAUAAACUUCAGUUAAAAGGUACUUUUCUUGACAAUUAUGAGCAUCAUGAUAAUGGAAGAAUUUGGAUCCAGUGGGAUAACUCAAGGUUGGAUAUUAGACAUGUCUGUAGUUCUGCUCAAUUUAUCCAUUGUGGAGUUUAUGAUAUGAUGGGAGGUUUUAAAUUCUGGUUGACUGCAGUCUAUGCCUUUAAUCAGUUGGAGCAUAGGAAGAAUCUUUGGAAACAAAUGAUCAAUCUGCAGAGACAAUAUCCUGGACCCUGGUGUGCAAUUGGGUACUACAACAAUGUAGCUCAUGCCAAUGAUAGAAUGGGUGGUAAUAUGGUGGUGGAAGCUGAAUAUAAGGACUAUAAUGAUAUGCUGGGUAUUACAGGGCUCUGUGAGAUGGAUAGCAGAGGAAGUCACUUCACAUGGAGCAAUAAACAAAGUGCAAACCCUAUCUACUCCAGAAUUGAUAGGCUUAUAGCUAACACUGAAUGGUUUCAGGAUAAUGGCAGCCUUAUUCUGAAUGUUUUGAAUCCCCACAUCUCUGAUCAUGCAGCAUUACAUCUUAAUGAUCCUGGCAUUAAUAAAAUGAGGAAAAGGCCUUUCAGAUUUAAUAAUAGCUGGGUCAAUAUUGAAGGUUUUCAGGAUGUAGUGAAGGAGAACUGGAGUAAACCUAUGAAUGGAAAGCCUAUGGAAAUUCUGUGGAAGAAACUUAUGAGAUUGCAGCCUGUUCUUAGAGCUCUUAAUAGACCUGUAUCUGAUCUGCAGAAGAAGAUUGAUACAUCUAGAGCUAACCUGGAGAAGGCUCAGGAGGAGUUAAGGACCAAUCAGAUGGAUGCUGACAUUAUAGAGAAAGUUAAAGUUCAUACUGAGGAGCUAAUUACUUGUAAUGAUAUGCUAGCUAUGAGUCUUAUGCAGAGAACUAAGAUUGAUUGGAUAAAGAUGGGGGAUGAAAACAAGGCUUAUUUUCAUGCUUAUCUUAAGUCCAGGGGUAAUAACAAAAGUAUCCAAUUCUUACAGAGAGAGGAUGAUAGUUUUAUUACUAACCAAAAAGAUAUUGAAAUGAGUUUUUAA